UCUCCUGAUCUUUGGCGUCAUCGCGGACGUCUCCCCGCCAUCCCUCCAACCUAACAUCAUCCUUACGUUCCAAUAUUCAACACCACAGCCACAGCCUGAGCCACAGGCAAAAUGUCAAGCUUGGUUUCUGGAAUCUCCAAACUCAAUCCCUUCUCUGGAUCUUCCAAGGUCGACGAUGAAGAUAAGGGCGAAGUCAUCGAUGCCAACACCAUCGCUGGCGGAGGCCAUGCGUCGCGGGAGUCGCAUAUCACCAAAGACAAACUUCGCGUCAGCAAAGCGCUGAGGGAGGUUCUGUAUAAAGAAAACGUGUUGUCGAAAGGAGAAGCUGGUGUGGAUAUCGAGCAACCAACGACCGCCUUGAGGGAAUUGCUCGACAGACCCCACAUCAAAGUACCACCUGAAGUGCUCGACCGCAAUCAUCCGCUUCCCGAAUAUUUCAUAAGCUCAAGUCACAACACUUAUCUGAUGGCUCAUCAGCUGUACGGGUCUUCUGAUGCCUCAGCAUAUGAGAUUGCUUUGCUUACUGGGUCUCGUUGCGUUGAGAUCGACGCAUGGGACAACGAUGACAACCAGGACGAACCAAAAGUUACCCACGGCUACACUCUAGUGUCUAACAUCCCUUUCCGGACAGUGUGCGAGACUAUUCGCGACGUGGUCGACCGGGAAGUCGCCAACGAGAAGGACGCAGCACCAAUCAUGAUCUCACUGGAGAAUCAUUGUGGUGCCCAUGGCCAGAUGCGACUUGCUUGGAUCAUGCAAGAGGUAUUUGGCCAGCGACUACUCAGCAAGGCUGUGCGUGAGAAGGGUCAUCUCGAACAAAAAGGCUUAGGCAAUCAUGUCACUCUGGCCGAGCUCAGGAACAAGAUUGUGGUCAUUGUUGAAUAUCACCUGCCAAACGAAGAAGAUAGCAGCAGUGACAGCGACAGUUCUGAGGAUGAGGAAGCGAGAAAGGCGCAUCAACAGUACAACCAACAGAAGCAAGAGUGCCCACAGGGCAUCAUCGUCCCAGAGCUUGCCGAGCUUGGUGUGUACGCGCAAAGUGUCAAACCAGUCAAUAACUCGUGGUUCGAGGCGGGUCUCGAGAAUGCACCUCACCAUCAGCUCAUCAAUGUCUCAGAGUCGGGAUUGAAGAAGCACCUGCCAGGCAACAGUCACAAGAUCGCUCGACAUAAUGCGCACCAUCUUAUGCGGGUGUACCCAAAAGGAACCCGCAUCUCGUCGAAAAACCUCCCGCCAGUUCCCUUCUGGGGUUUAGGCGCACAGGUUUGUGCCUUAAAUUGGCAAACAUUCGGCGCCAGCAUGCAACUCAACGAAGCUCUAUUCGCCGGCUCUGGUGGCUACGUCCUGAAGCCUGCAGCUCUCCGUGCUGACGGCAACGGCAACGUCCUCUCUGGCAGACGGAAGAGACUUCGCCUCCACAUUGCCGGUGCAACAGACGUACCUCUGCCUGGCGACCGCGAACAUGGCGACAUCAAGCCAUACGUGACGUGCACGCUCGUGCACCCUAAUGACCUAAACAACAUGCCCCCCAAGCGCAAGACCGCGGGCUACAAAUUGUCUAAGCUGGCACACCUGAUGCACAAAGACAGUUCUCCCACAACCGACCCGAUAUGGAACGAGACCCUUGACUGGGAAUACGAAGACAGCGAGCUUGUGUUCCUCCGUCUGCUGAUCAAGAGCGAUGACAGUUUUGCGCGCAAUCCCAUCUUUGCUGUCGCGGCUGUGAGACUGAUGUAUGCCGUGACUGGGUGGAGCUUCAUCCGCAUGCUUGACUUGUGCGGUCACGAGACGACAUGCACGUUGCUCGUGAAGUUCCACUUCGAGGAUAUUUAGGAGCAGUUGAAGUGGAUCAAAUACAAGGAUCGACGAGGAAAUAGCCUCAAACCUUGCAAGCUUGUCAAGUUGCAUGAGAAGGUUCGGGGUGACGGAGGUGGUUGGAGAAGCCUGUGUAGCUGAGCAGAACGUAUCCCUCGCGCCUUCUACAUAGUCAGUCGAAUAGUCUUUUGCUGAAUAUGAAAGACCCGAGGUCGUUGACUUUCGAAAUGUUUCGAAAAGGGGUUGACCGUUAUCAUUGAG